AUGUCGGUUUUGCCGAAGGACGCUGCUGGAUUUUCGGACCCGGCUUACUGGAAAAACUUCUUCAAACAACAGAAAUCGCCGUUUGAAUGGUUUUGGCCCUUUCAUUCAGUAUCGUGAACUUGUUUUGUAGGUACGGAGACUACGACACUCUUGCGCCGGCCGUUUCGAAAUACUUGAAAGUCUCAGACAGCAUUUUUCAGAUAGGAUGUGGUAAUUCACAGCUGGCUGCUCAGGUUGGUUCCAACAGAGUCGCAGAAAAAUAGUUAGUGUAUGAAGUUGUACGAGAAUGGAUAUCGCAACGUGCGGAGUAUCGACGUCGAGGAUUCUGUGGUGAAGGAUCAGCGAGUCCGCAACAAAGAGCGCCCAGGGCUCACUUUCGACGUCGGCGAUGCGACAAAUGUGAGGUGUCCGCUGUGUAUUCCCCAACUUGAUAAAGAUGGAUGCGGCCGACGAGUCCUACUCGGUGGUGCUCGACAAAGGAACCAUGGACGCCCUCCUUCCUCCCGACGCCGACGAGCAAACUACACUCAACGUGACCAGAAUGCUCGACGAAGUUUGUCGCGUCCUCCAGUCUGGUGUGUUUUAGAAAAUAUGAGUGCGAAAGUGAUUCCCGAUAAUGAAACAGUUUAUUUCAUUCUCUGACUUUUAUCUUCCAGGAGGCAGAUAUCUGCUGGUGACGUUGGCUCAGCCUCAUAUUGUUGAUUUAUGGGUCAAUUAUCUGUACCAAAAGUGAGCGGCUCUCGCCUUUUCAAAUUAAGUUGAACUAUUUUUCAGGAAUCAGUACAUACUGAGAGUCCACAAAGUAGAGAACAAAGUGAGUUCGCGCAAUCCCAGAAUUCUAUCUUUCUUCUCGAGUUUAGGCGAGCGGUUUUCAAAUGCCGGUUUUUGUGUUGGUGGCAACGAAACUCCGAAUCGCAGGAGCUUUCAAACCGGUAUAGGGUUACUGUAGUCUGGUGUGGAAAGGUUGCAGCCGAUGGAAGUUUGUCGGUCAGGCUCGGAGACGAUGGAGCGGGUGGAGAGCGUGGAAGGAAUCAAGGCGUCGAUUCGCGAGGAACAGGAGCUCUCCCAGUUCAUUCAUCAUUGCUCAGAGUCGGUCCGCCUCUUCUGUUUUGAGCUCAUGUCUGCAUAGGAAGCUCGCCGAUGAGGCUUCGAUCGACUUCCAAGGCGAUAAGCCAGAACUUGGCUAUCGCUUCCGGCUCUACGUUGUGGACCGCCCAACUGCCAACAAAAUAGGAACUUUUGCCGCUUUCAUAGUUCCCAUCGGCAGGUUGGUUCUUCGAAACCGAAGCUUACCUCUGGGAAAUUUUACAGAGACGUCGAGUGGAUUUUCGCUUCCGAAAAGGGCCGUAUGGCUCUUCGGCUGCAGUGCGACGUCGACCGACUUGUCAUCGUCUUCCUGAACCGUAGGCAGUACUAUGAAGGCGUGCAGGAAAUCAAGGCCGAACUGGGCCAUUUCAUAACACUUCUCGAUAACCGCGAGAAAGAUCCUGGCGUUGUGAGGAGACACCCAGAGACUUAUUCCUACAGUUUGCUUCCAGUUCAAGCUCCUUUCUAUUGGCGAAGUCGACAUCAAACGAACUUUAGUUGGAGGAACUUCUGAGGUUGGCGUUUUUUCCAUAAAUUAUCAUGAUUGGUUGAUAAAAAUUCCAAGUUUCAUGGAUCAUACAAAAAAGAGUUUAGAAAGUGAAGUUUUUUGCAUUCAUCGACUACAUUUUUCACAAAGUCUUCUUCUCGUUAAUUAUUUUCCAUUUUGGGUGGGAUUUGGACUUGAUUAUGCAUAUAUGUGGAGCACGUUAAAAAAAAAGUUUCAACCAAGAAUUUUUUCAAUUAAAAAUCUCAAAGAUAGUUGCAUUUGAUCGGCUUUGCGUUUUGAAGGUGAAUGGAAAGUGGGAAGUGGAAGAAGUGGACGUCAGCGGAAAGACCUAUCGGAGGCUUGUGUUCCUUUCGACGCUCAACCUCGUCCAGUCCGAAGCUCUGACUGGCGGUUGGCCCAUUUUCAGACAUUUAUAAUGUUCAAAGUUACAGAAGGUAAAAAGGGAAAGAAGAAGAUACUUCUGGACUAUCUCAGCUGCGAGUUUCACCAGAUGAUGGUGGCCGGAUUGGCCCUCUUGCCGCAUAAUCCACUCGCCAAGACAGACCAACCUUUGAAGGUUACUUAUAUGUGAUUACUCUUUUCAGAUCUUUUUUUUACAGUUUGCCGUUCUUGGACUGGGCGGAGGUCUAUUGGCAGCCUACCUGCUUCGUCAGUUCAAACAGGUAAAUUUUGUCAAAAGGAAUGGUUUUUUAGAAAAGGCUUGAAAAAACAGUGAGAAAUAUUUUCAGGCGUCUGUAAUUGGAGUAGAGCUUGAUCACGACGUCAUCAAGAUUGCCGCGGACUUUUUCUCGUUCCCGCUUUCCGAUCCUCGGAUGAAGGUAAAGUGCAUGAACGCACUCGACUUCAUCCGCGAUGUCUCAGAAGCCGGCCCUUGUGAGUUCUGAACUUUUUUCCAAAAAGAGCAGGAAGAUAUUCAGCGGAAAAGUGUGAUGCGAUAUUUGUGGACAUCGCUGGAUCCUCUGAUGAAAUCGGUCUUUGCUGUCCGACUCCGCAAUUCUUGGAACCCCAAGUUCUCGAGCAGAUGAAGAAAGCUUUGAAGCCGAAAGGUUGGAUGCGACUGAAGAAGUCGCUGACACGGUGCGUCUUUCAGGCGCUCUGCUCAUCAACCUCGUCACCCGCGACGACAGCAUCUCUUUGCGAACGAAAGAAACCGUCGCAGGCGUUUUUCCGACGCUGCACGUUCUUCGAUCCUGUGAAGACGUCAAUGAGGUCCGUAUCGCCGCUUUUUUUUCUAGUUUGGGUUCAACGAACCUGUUUCUUUACGUGCGCGUCUGCAGACAUUUUUCUUCAUCACUUGAUCGUUGUUCUGACGGUAUCAAGGAUGUGAGGAAAGAAAAUUGUAAUCUUUUUUUACUUUCGCUUCUUCUCUGAAAACGCAGGGGAUUUUCAUCCAUUCUAUAAAACGGAUCAUUCAUAAGGCACAUAAAAGGCAAUGGAAAUAUUAGAAAAGCUAAAAAUAUUGAGAUUUACGCAGUUUUUCCAUUCUUGUACGCGACCGGGGGCUUGAUGCAAGAGAGUUGAAUCUUCAAGAAAAUCUUUUUUUUUUUGGGAUGUUUUUGGCCAGAUUUCCUUGUUUAAAAAAAAUGCAAAAACAAACAAAAAUAAUUUUUUUGAUUAGGCAAUUGGCAAAAAAAAUCAAAACCUUUUUCUGGUCAGCCUUUUCAAUUGCCUUUUCAAAUUUUAACUAGGGAAAGUUUUUUACCCCCCGGUUGAACUUUCGAUGAAACUUCGCUGAAAUGUAUUUAAAGGCCUCCUGAUUGCAGAACAAGAAAGAAAUUUUUCGCAAUAGAUCUCGUUUUUGAGUUAUGGAGCUUCGAAAUCCGCAAAAAACGCAAAUCAUGUUUACGUCUAGUUGUUUCUAAAUUUUCAAUAGUUUUGUAUUAGAAAAAGUAUUGAAGGUCCUCAGAAAAAAUAGAAUCUUGGUGAUGAACUUCUUAGAAAGCGCCGUCCAUUACUUGCAGAUGUAUUGCGAUAAGGCAUACCAGUUAAUUUUAUAGGUGUUGAUUGGACAGUCUCAACUCAAGGACACGCCGGUGGCGCCGCAAGAGUUGACGAAAAAGAUCUCGAGAAAUCUGGGAAGUGUGAACGACAUUGUCGACUCGCUCAUGCGUAUCCACAGAUUCAGAUUGUGA